AUGAGCAAAAAACUUGGACUCCAGACGGACGCUCAGGCUUUGAUACCGAAGAAAUAUCGGGGCGACGAUGACGAUCCACAUUUCAUUCCUGACUCACCUCUCAUCGACCGACAGGCCCUGACUGCACAAGAAGAGGGGGAGCUGAAGCGCAUAUGCGCCUUGGUAUUGGCCAAUGUACCACAUUCUGACGACAUGUCGGAUGACCCUCUUAAAUACAUCGCUGCUCAGAUCCAAGAAGGCAAAGCAGCACAACCGAAGCCCAGUGCGAAACGCGAACGGAAACUCGACCCUGCCCACAACGUUGAAACUGCCGCUAGCGUGACACACCAAUUCCUCGACAUACAAGAUGACUCCGCGACAUCCUCGGAAGUUUCUCAUCGCGGUACCAUAACUGCCACUGACUAUUCAACGCCCUUGACCAGCGCCGGUAUAACCCCCGGCGAGACAGCGCGACGUUUCUCCGACGCCGCCCGGAAAUCCGUUAAUAGCACCAAGAAGCCUGGCAGCAGUCUCCGAAAUGAGUCAACCACGGUGGUAACCAAGAGCCGGACGACCUCUUCAGGUGGCGUCCACAAAUCGAUGGAAGCGACAAAGCCUUCUGCCGAAGCGGAAGCGAUCAGAAAGACGCUGCGAGUCGUAACAGACGGAUCAUCACGACCCCAAAGUGGCAGCGCGAAAUCAAUGGAGCAGCCUCGUCCUGUCAGAUUUUCGGCUCUCGACUUAAACAAAAGCCUUCCGCCCCCUCCGCCUGAAUCUCCGCCUCCCGAGGAACAGAAGCAACCCCAUAUCAGCAGGUUGAUGAAAACCAUUCGCAAAAAGAAGAGCAUGACGAAGGAAGUCAGGAGUUUUUCGACUGGAUCGGUACCUCCAAUGCCCUCGACCGAUUCGCCGAGAACCCACUCGUCGACGACGACACCUGCAGCAGAGAAUGCAGCUGUGACAGCUCAAGAACCUCCAAGAAAGAAAUUCAGAAUACCUCUUUUCCACAGGAGACAACGACCGGCAGAUGUCCUGGUUACUUAA